CACCACGACGCUCAGGAGUUUAGAUGGAAGUGAACGAAAUGAAUUUUUCUGACGAAGAACUUCUAUUGAUUGCGGUAUUGUUAGAUGAUGAUGAAAGGAAACCUACAGGAAGAAGAAAAUGGGUGCACCCUUCUUUGCUUUCUAGAGCAACGGAGGGGGAGUUUCAUACACUAUUUCCACAGUUACUGGAUGAUGAAACUAAAUUCUUUCAGUACUUCAGGAUGUCCAGGCAACAGUUCGAAAUACUGCUUUCGAAAAUUGGGAGUGACUUGAAGAAACCGGACACCACAUUUCGCGCAGCUAUUUCACCAAGAGAGAAAUUAGCAGUUUGUUUAAGGUUCCUAGCCACUGGGGACUCAUUUCGAACCAUAGCGUUCAGUUUUCGACUAGGGUAUUGUACGGUUCAGAAUGCAGUUCAUGGAGUUUGCAAAGCUAUUGUAAAAAAUAUGUUGCAGGAAGUAAUGCCUACUCCAACAAAAAAUGAGUGGGAGAGAAAUGCAAGAGAAUUUUGGGAUCAGUGGCAGUUUCCCAAUUGUUUAGGAUCUUUGGAUGGAAAACAUGUUGUGAUAGAGGCUCCUCAAAAUUCUGGUUCCCUCUACUUCAAUUACAAGAAAACAUUUUCAAUAGUUUUAUUGGCACUUGUUGAUGCUAAUUACAAAUUUAUAGCAGUAGACAUUGGGUCUUAUGGACGGAGUAGUGAUGGUGGAAUAUUUUCCACUUCAAAGCUUGGAAGGCGUUUAGAAAUGGGAACUCUAGACAUUCCAGAAGAUGCACUGCUGCCGGGAACACAACAACUGGCUCCAUACGUAAUUGUUGGUGAUCCGGCCUUUCCAUUAAAAAAAUACUUGAUGAGGCCCUUCCCUGGUCUACAAGUCGAAAACCGUAUCGAGAGACGCAUUUUCAACUACAGGUUGUCUCGCACCCGUAGGGUUGUUGAAAAUGCCUUUGGAAUUCUGACACAAAAGUUUAGAAUUUACAACAGAAGACUGAAAUUAGCGCCUAAAUAUGCUGAAAAGGUGGUUUUAGCCACAUGCAUUUUGCACAAUUUCAUUCGCGCAGGAACUGCUGCAACGCCUUUGAAUGAUGACCAGAUAAUGGCAGGCAAUUUGACGGACUUAUCGAGACAAGGCGGAAAUUGUUCAACAAUAGCUUUUGAAAUAAGAGAGAUAUUCACAAGAUUCCUUAAUUCAGAACAAGGUUUCGUCCCUUGGCAAGACAAUAUGAUUUAAACAAAUGUAUUUCUAACUGUAUUUGUUUGAUGCUAAUAAAGUUAUUAUUGAAAGUUA